AUGCAAAAAAGUUUAUUUUUAGAUGAAGCACCAAUAAAUAAAACACUUUUCAAUGAAGCUGGUGGCAAAGCAAUUUAUGAAAAAUAUUUAUCACAUCCAGAUUUUGGUUCUCGUUAUUUCAAAAAUAUUUGCAAAAAUUUGGCAAACAGUGACGAUGAUGAGGAGGCUCAUUUUGCUAAAUUUCAAAAGUUUGACCUUUCACAGUUUGAUGACAAUGAUAAUUUUAUUUCAAUGGCUAAUUUAAUUUUAAAACUUUUGGAAAUGUAUAAUUCUGAUCUUUUAACUCAACGAGCUGUUGUAUCUUUAUUCGCCUUAAUGUGUAACAAGGUGGAGGUCGAAGACAAAAUCAAAAUUGGAAAAAUGGGAGUAAUUGAGGUAAUUUUUAAAUUAAUUGAAAAUAAAUUUAAUAUGGAAGAAUGUGAUAUUGUUAUGAAAGAUGGAUUGGUGUUUUUGAGGAAAAUUACUGAUGGCAUUAAAGAAAAUUGUGAAAUUUUUGUUAAAACAAGUUUAAAUUCUCUUCCUCGAAUGAUAAGAAAGAUAAAAGAUCCAAAAUAUCUACAUAUUAUAAAAGAAGAAGGUGGAGAGGAAAUGCUUGCAAAAUUAACUGAAAAAUUGGAACAAAACGAGGAUGUGGAAGAAGUAACUAAUGUGAUUCUUACGAGAAUUGAUAAAUGGGGAAAAGGAAUUCAUCAGGUUAACAAGGAGCUCGUUUCGGAGGAUAAAGAGGAGAUUAAAAAGCCUGUUGAUAAUGAUAAUGUUGAGGCUAAUAAAACAAAAGAAGUUAAAAAACUGGAGCCAAUUUUCACCACAAAUCCAGCUGAAUUGAAGGGAGAGAUGAUUAAUAUUAGCUUGAAAAAAGAUCCCAAAUUUGGCAUUACUAUGUCUGGCAUGGAUGGGACUCGUGUACAGAAUGAGUUUAUUCAAAUUACAGAAGUUGUCUCGGAAAGUUCUGCACAUAUUAACGGUAUUCUACCCGAAGAUAUUAUUGUUUCCAUCAAUAAUAAGGUUGUUUUCCAUUUAUUUUCUUCAACAAAUUUUUUAAAGUGUGUUCUCGGUGCGACGUUGAAAGAUGUUAAUGGAAUUUUGGAUUCUUUUUCUGUUGGUGACAUUGUGAAUUUUCAACUUUGUCGUGGCUAUGCAUUGCAGGAGACAAUGCGCAAACGAUUGGAUCACACAUAA